CAAGGGCGCGACGGUGUUUGCAGUUGUUCAAGAUCUUGUUUACCUUGGAGGAAUGAAAAGGAAAGCAUCUUGAAGCGCGAAUAUAAGAAAACAUUGCGCGGCGAACGACCGACAAACAUCAAGACAACAACUCCGAAGAAGUACAAAAGCAAAACAAACAUUCCACGAAGACCGACCGAAUCGAAAAGAAUACGUGUUGCUUCUCUCAGCUGAGUUCUUACCGCGAGGACACGCAAAGUUCCGUUUGUUCCCUAACCCGGUGGUCACACAGUAUACGGAUACAUCACUGGCCAAAUGUGAUUUUUUACGCUUAGGAUCUGCUGUUUUGUGUUUUGUUUCCUACGUGUUUAGUUUAGGAUUGGAAGGUGAAAGCGGCACAAAUCAUGGAACGCAAUUCCGUCCAAACGGUGACGUUGAUGAACAGUAUCAUCGGCGUCGGGAUCCUCUCGAUGCCGUUCUGCUUCCAGAAGUGUGGAGUUGUGCUGUCGUUAGUGCUGCUUCUGCUGAGUACCUACAUCACCAAGUUAGUUUGUAGCUAUAUGAUCAAAUCGGCGAUCAUCGCCCGGAGGAAGACCUUCGAACAGAUUGCGUUCUACGCGUUUGGGUCCUGCGGGAAGCUGUUGGUGGAACUGUGCGUUGUGGGAUACCUUUUGGGCACGUGUAUCGCGUACUUUGUGGUGGUGGGAGAUUUGGGACCCCAGAUUGCGGCCAAGAUGCUCGCGAUCAACGAAAGUAGCACCCUCAGGACAUGGGUGAUGAUUGUGGUGACGGCGGUUUGUAUUAUUCCGUUGGGAUUGCUGCGAAACGUGGACAGUCUCUCGACGGUUUGUACCGCCUCGUUGGGUUUCUACGUUUGCCUGAUCCUGAAGGUGAUGGCCGAGUCCAGCGAACAGAUCAGUAAAGCGGGAUGGUUUGAUCGGCUGGACAUGUGGAAGACGGAAGGCAUUUUGCAGUGUUUGCCCAUCAUAAGCAUGGCGCUGUCUUGUCAGAUGCAACUGUUCGAGGUGUACGCCACAAUGCCAACCACAUCCCUGGACAAAAUGAGCCGAGUGAUCCAGAAAUCCACUAGCCUGUGCGCUUGCAUCUAUGGCCUAAUUGGAUUCUUCGGAUACGUAGCCUUCAAUGGGCAUCAAUUUUCCGGCAACAUCUUGGUAAACUUCUCGCCUUCCUACGUGUCCGAUAUCAUCAAGAUCGGGUUCGUGCUGUCAGUGGCAUUCAGCUUUCCCUUGGCGAUCUUCCCGUGCCGAGUCAGCUUAUACUCGUUGCUGUACAAGAAAACCCACUCCGAUGCCCAUAUGUACAUUCCAGAAUCGAAAUUCCGUCCGCUGACAGUGGCCAUUGUGUGCACAGCUCUGGUGCUUGGCUGGAUGGUGCCCUCUAUUGAGGUCGUCAUCGGGUUGGUGGGCUCUACGAUUGGGGUCGCUGUCUGUAUAAUCAUUCCAGCCGCUUGUUACAUGCACAUCUGUAAAACGAACAUCUCCGAGAAACAGCUGGCUCAGGUGAUGAUCGUUUUCGGCUUUUUUAUCAUGAUCCUUGGCACCUAUGCCAAUUUGGAGGCAAUGAAUCGAGUUCCUGAGAAAAAAUACGAGACUGGCGUAAAAGAAGAUGUCGUUCUUGCACCAGUGGUCAAUGUCGAGAAACCAGAAGAAAGCUUAGAUAAAAAGUUUGAGGAAUUGCGACCAAAGCUACCGGUCUUACCGGAGGCGCAAAAAGAGGUUCCUGUUGUAACAGAGAACAUUGCUCCAAAAAUUGAAGAACCAGUCACAGUAAAACCUGUUAAGGUUGAAGAACCGAUCUUUAACAAAGACAAAGAGGAUAAGUCUGUCGUUUCUCCUGAUCCUCAAGAACCAGAUAAUCAGAAAGAUAAGAAGGAUGAAAUAAUCGAUCAAGAUGCUAUCCUCAAAGAGGAGAAAGAAAUCGCCGUCGAGGAGAAAGAACAAAUCCAGAAAGAGAUUAUUGAGCUUCAGAGCGCCAAGAAAGAGCUGGAAGCUCAAGUAGAGAACAUCAAGGAGCAGCUCGUAAAAAAGAAUGAGGAAACUCAACAAUUGGUGCUCAAAAAGUUCGACGAGAUUGUCGAGAAAAUUGACCAGAAGGUUUCCAAAGAGAAAGAUGAACCCAAACCAGAACCUGCUAAAGAAUCUUCUCCCGAUCUCCAGAAAGAUCCCAUUGUUCGACUGCUCACCGAGCAGGGAAAACUGAAUGCCAAAGCAAACGAAACUACCAAGUCGGAACCGGCAAAGCCGGAAGCCCCAUUGAACGACGAUCAUGCAUCGGAGAUGAAACUGUCUGUCGACGAAGUCGCCAACAACGAAACCGCUAACGAGACGGAACCGCCUCCAGCGGAAAUCCACCCCGAAAAAGAAGAAAAGAGUGAACCUCUCCCACCGCUGCCAGUAGAGCAGAAGAAGGAACCGGAAUCAUCAAAGUCAGUUGAGCCAGAGGAGCCAAAACCCGCCAAAUCCGACGAUGCCGCGAAAGAAAGUGACGAUGCUGGCUCAAAGAGGGAUCUACUUUCGGUGCGUAACAAACGGAACACAGGCAAAGUGCAGCAAUCCGACGAGGUAAGUCGCACUGGGGAUGAUGCCAACUGUAGAAAGGUCAAUGAACGGUUAACAAUGCCAGUGGCAUUGGGUGAUAAAGUGGUGAGUGUUGAUCAUGAUCUGAUCGGACAGCCCGAUUUGGGCUUGGUUAAGGAUAAAAUAGUAAACAUGAUAAGGAGGGAUGUGCUGCUCGAUGAUGGGAAGCUGUUCAAGUAAUAAAUGUACCUAACUAUUUAUUUCUAUGUAAUGAA